UCAUUGAAGGAAACGAUCAAGGAGAUAAAAAGGAUAGAUUAGGUGACUCGAUAACCCCCAAUAAUAGUUCAUCCACAAAUAAUUACGAAACAAGUAAAUUCAAGUCUAUAAAGCGAACAUUCUCUUGGUUGAUUAACAUGAUCAUGGACCUUCGUAACGUUGUCACUCAUAAAUUUAAACAGAGCGAGUUAGAAGAAAUCAUAGGGAAGUCUCCAACGAAAACUGAUUAUAAAAAUUUUUAUGUUUAA